AUGAGACGAAUAUUAUCUAAGAGUUAUGUUGGGAUACCUCCAUGGCUAAAUGAUAUGUACAACAGCAUAUACUUCAUUACUUGCAUCAUGCAUCAAGAUGCGAAGAAGAACGAUUUGGACCACUUUUGCAUAGAUUGCCACCGGUCUCUGUGUUCAAAUUGUCUUUACGCACACAUGCAUCACAAUUAUGUUAAGAUUCGGAGAUACGUUUACAAUGAUGUUAUUAAUCGGCAAGACUUGUGCAACCUCUUCAACUGUUCCGGGAUACAGUCAUAUCAUACAAAUGGAGCCAAAGUGGUAUUUUUGAAGCCGAGAACUCACCGGCACCAACAGCAGAAGCAGAGCAAUUUAAAGGACCAUAGGUGUACCAUCCGUAAUAGGACUCUACAAGAUAAUUCACUCUAUUGCAGUGUAGCAUGCAAGGUUUUAGCCUUACAUGAUAAUCAAACCAAUGAGAAAAAUGAAGACCUAGACAAUGUAAUAUUUGGAGACAGAAAAUACCUCGCAGAAUCAUCCAAGAGGAGGAAACUGAGGAAAGCAGCCCCUUUGAGGGCCCCAAUGUUUUAAUCAAGUCCUCAUGAUAGGGACAUACUUAUAUGCAUCAUC